ACAACAUAACGUUCGUAGAGCUUUUUGCAGCUAGUAUUCGUUAUUUCUGGAUAUUACUGCGCUGAUUUUCGAGAUUGCUACAGAUGGCUAUACAUUCUAGGAAAAGAUAUCAUAUAUAGUCUGUUGAUGAUGUGGUUUAAGAUAUUCUGAAACUAGACUUGGAACACUAUUAACAGAAGCACAAUCGCAGACUUGUAAAGAUGUCAUCCUUUUUCAACUGGUUGUGCUUCCCCAGUCGCCAUGUACGAUCGAAACAAAAGUCGAAAUUAUCAAGGAAUCUGGACGAUGAAGGUGGAUUUCUUUCUGUCAAACAACAAAAGAGGAAAUUAAGUAGAAAUACUACUCAGAGAACUGACUACGUACGUAAACAGGCUUCGUUCAGCGAGCAAGACAGGAAAUACCAAGUCAAAAGUGAACAAAGGCUAGAGGACAGCACUGUACCAAACAAACGAAGGAGAGUUCAGGAAAUAUUUAACUUACCAAACACAGAACGUUCUGACAGCAUCACAAGCCGUAACAACGGAAGUAAAUACAGUAGAAAUAUCAGAGCAAAGGGGGACUUUGGGAGUGAGUAUACUCCGAGGAUGUACUACCACAACCACAAUAGUAUAGGAAACAAGUCUGAGAGCAUGUACGGAUAUGUUCCUAAAACUAUGCAGACAUGUACUGCAUCAAAAGCCCUUGAGGGAAACAGGGUGGACGAUUUCUUUUCAAAUCUUCACAGAGAAAAUGCUCUUAAUUUGUUUGGGAAGAUGAGUUCAAGUAACUGCAGGCAAAAUCAAAUGAUGCCUAAGUUUACCUUUACACAUUCCCAGAGUCAGACUUCUUUGUCAACUGCAGAUAAAGUAUCCCUUAUUGAGAGUGAGGAGUUGACUAAUGUUGAUGAUCUUCCUUUAAACUGUGGUGAAUUUUAUUCCAAUAUUUCAUCACGUGUUAAUUCCAUUCUGGAGGCUAGUUUCGAUUCUAUGUGGAAUAGCAACGGGGAAGUUUUGUAUUAAUAUUGAACUAGCUUAAAGUAUUAAUGAUGCUUUUCUUUGGUCUACAGUCAUGAAUGCAUAAAUUUACGUGAAAUAUAAAUGUACCGUAACAUUUUUA